AAAGCUUACACGACCGACGGAAUCACUCUCUCUCUUCCCUGUCUCUCUCCCUUUAAUCGUCUCUCUUUCCCUUCUCUUUCCCCUUGCGCGUUCAGGUUCUGUAUGCGUCGAUGACCUAACUCCUCUCUCUCUCUCUCUGUUUAUCUCUCUCUGCAAGUUUCCAUGUAUUUCAGAGUUUGAGAGUUAGGGUUGCCUCAAUCAUCACCGCAGCAUUGAACUCGCGCUCUCUGUCUUUUCCUUUCCGGAAAGGCCUCGGAAUCCCUGAUCAGUUUGCGGGGGCGGUUAAGAAUCGUUUCUUUGAUCGAUGAAGAGGCCUAAAUCGGAAAAGUUGGACAUGGUCUUGUCGUUGACGAGGCAAAGAUCCCUCCAAAUCUUGAUCUGCGUAGGCCUCUUGUACGUAGUCCUAGUCACUGUGGAGAUUCCCUUCGUUUUCAUAUCUGGGUUCAACUCCCUCUCCCAGGAGACCCUGUCUCGCCCCCAGACCCAGCUCCAAACCGGCCGCGACUUGCAGGAGAAAGACGCCCCCACGCGGCCCCACGUCACCGUUUCUCAGAACUCCGACGAGUUGGCCCCCACCCGGCUCGCCGAGCCCAGGAACAUCGUCUCCGGCUUGAACUUCGAGAAGACGUGGAAGACUGGCGUUACCGGCGUUCUCGGGCUCGACAAGUCGGCAAAGGUCGCCUGGGAGGUGGGUCGCCAGUUUUGGGACGAAUUGCAAUCUGGGAAGCUGAAUAUCAUCAACCAGAAGCCCAAGAAUGGGUCGGAAUCGUGCCCGAAUUCGGUGUCUCUAUCUGGGUCGGAAUUCUUGAACCGGAAGAGGUUGAUGGUGUUGCCCUGCGGGCUUACGCUGGGGUCCCACAUAACGGUUGUUGGGAAACCUAGGUCGGCCCAUGCAGAGCACGAUCCGAAGAUAGCUCUGUUGAGGGAGGGAGACGACGCGGUCAUGGUCUCGCAGUUUCACAUGGAGCUGCAGGGGUUGAGGAUUGUGGAGGGCGAGGACCCGCCUCGGAUUUUACAUUUGAAUCCCAGGUUAAAGGGUGAUUGGAGCGGGAAGCCGGUGAUCGAGCAGAACACUUGCUAUAGGAUGCAAUGGGGGACGGCGCAGCGGUGCGAAGGGUGGAAAUCUAAGGCUGAUGAAGAGACCAUUGACGGCCAAUUGAAGUGUGAGAAGUGGAUCCGUGAUGAUGACGAUCACUCUGAGGAGUCCAAGACAUCAUGGUGGUUGAACCGGCUCAUAGGGCGGACAAAGAAGGUGUCGGUUGAUUGGCCGUAUCCAUUUGCUGAAGGCAAGCUCUUCGUUCUAACUCUUAGUGCUGGAUUGGAGGGUUAUCAUGUUAGUGUCGACGGAAGGCACAUCACAUCUUUUCCUUAUCGCACUGGUUUUGCUCUUGAAGAUGCGACUGGCCUAACUUUAAAUGGCGAUAUCGAUGUUCAUUCCCUAUUUGCCGCUUCUCUACCAACUUUACAUCCUAAUUAUGCUCCACAGAGACAUCUUGAGAUGUCAAGGAAAUGGCAAGCCCCGCCUUUUCCCGAAAAACCUGUAGAAAUGUUCGUCGGCAUCCUUUCAGCGGGUAACCAUUUCGCAGAGCGAAUGGCUGUGAGGAAGUCCUGGAUGCAGCAUAAGCUUAUCAAAUCUUCAAAUGUAGUAGCUCGCUUCUUCGUAGCAUUGCAUCCUCGGAAGGAAGUGAAUGUGGAAUUAAAGAAAGAGGCAGAGUUUUUCGGUGACAUUGUUAUAGUCCCUUACAUGGAUAAUUAUGACCUCGUUGUCCUCAAAACAGUGGCCAUUUGCGAAUAUGGGGUUCGCAAAUUGUCGGCCAAGUACGUGAUGAAAUGUGAUGACGAUACAUUUGUGAGGUUGGAUGCAGUUAUGGAUGAAGUCAAGAAGGUACCUGAAGGAAAGAGCUUGUAUAUUGGGAACGUCAACUACUACCAUAAGCCACGAUACGGCAAAUGGGCAGUCACAUAUGAGGAAUGGCCUGAGGAAGAGUAUCCGCCUUAUGCAAAUGGACCAGGCUACGUUUUGUCCUCUGACAUUGCACACUUCAUCGUGUCUGAGUUUGAGAAGCUUAGACUAAGGCUGUUCAAGAUGGAGGACGUGAGCGUGGGGAUGUGGGUGGAGCAGUUCAACAGCUCGGGACCCGUCGAGUACGUGCACAGUUACAAGUUCUGCCAAUUCGGGUGCAUAAAGGAUUACUACACGGCGCACUAUCAGUCCCCGCGGCAGAUGAUCUGCAUGUGGGAGAAGUUGCAAGAACAAGGCCGGCCCUUGUGCUGCAACAUGAGAUGACCAGGGCUUCGUCGCGGAGGGGAGGGAGAGGAACCAUAGAAGAGAGAGGCAGACAAGUUUUGCAGGCAUAGCCACGAUGCAUUGUAUAUACUCUGGACGGACCGUGGUACAGUGAGAGUGGGGGUGUAUCUAGGUUCCAGGGAUGCUCGAGGAUUAGUCUUAAAUUCAUUCAUUAUUUCAUCCCAACCAGUCUUCUCUUCAGUCCAUCCAAUACGUUAUUCGUUUCGCGAGCAUUCUUUAUGUCCCACGGUGCAUCUGUGGUGGGUUCGAUGAUAACGGGGUUCAGUUGGUACCGGAUACUUGGUAAAAAAGAUUAUCAUCGCUUUUCCCC